UGAAAUACAAAAAGAUAUUGGAAGCAAGUCAUAUGAUAAAUUAUCUGAGAUACAGAAGAAUUUCUGGCAAAAUUUAACAACACCGAGCAAAAAUGGCCAACAUCUCAAAUUUAGGAAGUGUCAUUAGUAAUAUUGAUGACAUUGAAAAAGACAUGAGUUUGCCAAUCGGUGCCCAAGUGGCCACCAGUUUACUUCAGCAGAGAGCCAAUGAUGUUAGAGCAAACAGGGUUAACUGGCAGAGCUAUGUACAAGGACAGAUGAUUUCUCAGGAAGAUUAUAAUUUUAUCUACCAGUUUGACAAUGCAAACACUGAAACAAAGGCUGCCAUGCUGAAGGAAAAUGGAGCGCAGUUUGCAAGAACUUUCUUCAAUUUGAUGAGUCAGAUAGCUAAAGAUCAGACCUUACAGUACAUACUGACUAUGCUGGAUGAUGUUUUACAGGAGGAUAAAUCCCGAGUAGAAAUCUUAAAGGAUUACGCCAAACAGAUGAAAGAGUCUGUCUGGACACCAUUCAUGCACCUGCUGAACAGAAAUGACAGAUUUAUUGUCAAUCAGACAAGUAGAAUCAUUGCUAAGAUGGCAUGUUGGAGUAAGGAGUUGAUGGGUCUGGAUGAUUUAAGAUUCUAUAUGGAUUGGCUUAAAAAUCAGCUCCGUCUUCCUGGUAAUGAGUACAUACAGACUGCAGCUCGGUGCCUACAGAUGAUGCUCAGAAUUGAGAAAUAUAGGCAGGUGUUUGUUGAUGUCGAUGGGAUAGCUACGAUUGUGUCUGUGUUGCUGGGGAGCAAGGUCGGCUUUCAGAUCCAGUAUCAGCUGAUAUUUUGUUUGUGGUGUCUUAGCUUCAGUCCUCAUAUAGCAGAGAGAAUGAGCAAAGAUAAAAUCAUUCCAGUACUGUCAGACAUUCUCAGUGAAUCUGUGAAGGAGAAAGUCUCAAGAAUUAUACUGGCCACAUUCAGGAACUUGCUAGAGAAGCCAGAAGAGAAAGAUCUGGUCCAUGAACAUGCUGUGGCAAUGGUUCAAUGUAAAGUUCUAAAACAGUUAGAGCUGCUGGAGGCCAGGAAAUUUGAUGACCCUGACAUUGUAGAUGACCUUGAAUUCCUCAAUGAGAAACUGCAGGAGUCUGUCCAAGAUCUUAGUUCAUUUGAUGAGUACACAUCAGAGGUCAAAUCAGGAAGGUUGGAGUGGAGCCCGGUUCAUAAGAAUGAGAAAUUCUGGAGGGAGAAUGCUAUCAGACUUAAUGAGAAUAACUAUUCCCUCCUUAAGAUGUUAGUUCGACUCUUAGAAAGUAGCAAGGAUCCAUUAAUCCUUUCUGUGGCAGCUCAUGACUUAGGAGAAUAUGUCAGACAUUAUCCCAGGGGUAAAGUUGUGAUAGAACAGUUGGGUGGCAAACAAUUAGUGAUGCAAUAUCUGUCACAUGAAGAUCCUAAUGUCAGAUUUGAAGCCCUCAUUGCUGUCCAAAAGUUAAUGGUUCAUAAUUGGGAGUACCUCGGACGUCAGUUGCAAUCAGAUCAACCUAAGGAGGGACCUGGAAUGGUACAGACCCCCGCAUAGUAGUCACCUCACUGUGUCCAGAGAAUGUAUUCUCUGUCCUAGUCAAAGACAUAUUAUCCAGAGACAUUAUAUAGGGUAACCAUGACAUUCCAGCAGGCUUGGAGUACCAGGGCUGUUAUCAUACGCAAAUGCUGCAUGUUACCUGUAGGGAUUCUUACAUGAACUAUGUACCAUAUUUUAGCAUUAUUUCAUUUAAUAUAUUUUUUUUUAUUAUACAAGGAGGGAAAAUCAGUUAUGUAUGGAUAUUUCGAUGUCAGAGGGUGGUAUUAAUUUGGGAUAUACUCUUAGGAACAGUUUUGGAAGUAAUUAGUGAUUACUUUGUAGUGUAUUCUUCAAUAUGAAUUCCAGAGUUGGCUAAAGGAUGGUUUUCUGGUUGGGUAAUUAAGCCUUGUAAACCUCCAGCAACUCAUUUAUUGACAAUAAAUACAGGUGAUUUAUGGUCUUAUCUUAUAGGAGCGUAUUUUGUUGAACAAAAAUUAUUAUUUACAUUCAUCUUGUUUAUGUUAUAAAACUAGAAAAAAAUAUAUGUUACAAUACAAAGUCUUGUUUUCAUUAAAUUUAGUACAUGAAACACA